AUGAUGGAACUUUCUACCACGUAUUGUCGUCAGGUGGUGUUUGGUCUUGAAUCAUCUCCAAAAAUGUCAAAAACCAGUUUACAGCUACAUAGAUCUUAUAACGUGACAUCUGUCCAGCCUAUACCUGGAUAUUAUCCAUCAAAGCAGCAUCAAACCAAAUAUGUUCAAAAUGUAGCUGGAGACCUUCAUUUUUCCAAAGAGGUGGUGAAGGACAGAGGCCUCUCCAGUCUUCCCUACAUAGAAUGGGAUUCACAAGGUAUCUACAACAUCUCAGAUAUCAUUCCACCAACAAAGGGCAAAGGAGGUUCAAGGAUAAAACCAAAACGGCACAAAAUAUGCCAUCUAAAUCCCACUGUACCGUCCAGAGAUAUAAAAUCAAAAAGUUGCCCUAUGCUUGGGAAUAGUAUCUGGAAGAAACCUCAAGAAAAUGUACCAAACUUCUUGGUAGAACAACCAAAAGCAUCUGAUGUAACUGGACUGGCUAAAAUCAUGGUUAGGGAGAAGGCUAAACCGAGUCUUGCUUCGGAGUCAGAGAAACCUAAAUUUAAAAGUGAGGAAGUUCUUCUGAAGAUGUUGACAAAGGCUACAGCACAGUGGCUGCUGGCUCACGGCACAGAACACAAGGCAGACAAAGAAAGGUUUUGUCAGCAGUAUGGUCUGAAUAAGGCUACAGUGCUGAUAGGUGAGGAGCACCUGACUGAGGAAGACUUCAGAACAUGCAAUGAAUUAGAAAAGUCCAACAUACAAAAAGAGCAAGUUGUUAUAGUAGAAAAAAAAGCUGAAACCCUGCUUCCUGUUUAUUACAACAUAACUGGAUAUUUACCAUCACCAACAGAAGAGAAGAAGGCUGGUGGGAAAAGCAAGACAGCAGAAACACUGGUGGUCAAACACUAUGAAUUACCACCUCCAUUGAGGCUCCAUGACACAAUAUACCCCAAAGCAGGGAAACAUGUCUAUAUCACUGAGAAUGAAUUUGAGAAAGAACUUUACCCAGGGGCAAGUAAAACUGUACACCAGAAAGAUGCAAAGCAGAGGGACUUUAUUUUAAUGGAUAACCACAAUAAAUAUAUGCCCACAUCUUAUCACGAAUGGGGCUUUGCGGAUGAAAAACCCAAGCCUAAGAAGAUGCAGCAGGGUCCAUGGAAUGAGUGGCAGGUCCUUCACAAUAUCUUAUCUCAGUGGAAGAGUGCCUGGGUGAUAAGUUCCAUGUGGAAAGAUGCAACCCUGGAGCAGCUUACCAGAGAUCUUGCUAGUGUCCACAAAGUCUGCAAAACCUCAGCUCUUGUGACAAUUGCUUCUUCUGCAGUUGCUGGACCUCUUGAUGGCAAAGACCCCCGGGAAAUAGCUAUUAAAAAAAUUGAUGGCUCCAAAAGACUACAAGCUGUGCCAGCGUUACCAUCAGAGAUACAGAACCUUAUCACCGAUGCCCUGCACAAUGAGGAUGACCUUGUGAGGAUGGCAGCUGCCCUGAGUCAAUUCUUUAUCCAAGAGUUCAGUGAGGAAGCCAGAAGGAUCAUGUUCACCAUCUUGGAGAAUGGCAAUGAUGCAGACAGCUGGGCUGCAGCUCAGUGUCUGGCUCUGGAAGGCAAUCACACUUACCUUGUAAUACAAAGGAUACUUACCCAGUUAUUUGAGCAACUGGAUGAGGAAACAGAAGACCAGGCUUUGUAUCUGCUGAGCUUGCUUAGUCAGAAAACAACUCUGGUUCAUUCUUUGUUGGGAGAAGCACUUAACAGAAGUAACUGGAAGGAUCGAAUUGUUGCAUGCAGAACCCUCUCCCAUCUUCAUGGGGACAUACGCAAGGACUUAAAGAAUAAACUGAACCAUCUGAUGUGGAAUGACUGGAGUCCUGCUGUCCGUUGGGCAGCUGCCAAGGUUCUGGGGAGUCUUGGUCAGGGAAAGAAGGUGCAUGACCAGAUAAGGAAACACUUAGAAGGUGACAGCUGGAAAUCAAAGGUAGAAGCUCUGUCUCUUAUUGGUCAGCUACAGAUUAUGACAGCCCAGCUGUUUUCGGGAUUCCUGCAAUGUUUUACUAAUGACUUUGCUGCAGUUCGUAGACAGGCCUGUCGCACUGCAGGUGUACUUCACAUUAAAGAUGAGAUGGUCAUGAAACACCUCUACCACAUCCUUCAGAAUGAUCCGGUGUGGAAAAUCCAGGCACAGGCAAUCAGAACUCUAGGACAAAUCGGACAUAUUACAGCUCAGGUGAAAGGCCUUCUCCUUUGGGCCAUGAAGCUGGAGGAGCCAGAGGUCAGAAUGGAGGUCUAUAAUUGCAUUGCUAAGUUGCAGCUAUGUGACUCUGAAGUUCAGUAUGCUCUACAAGAUAGGCUGACGUUGGAAUCCCAUGGGCUGGCCAAUAGGGAGCUGAGAAAGACUCUGGAUGCUUUAAACAUGAAGCAGUCUGAGAACCAAGAGAUGCUCUCAAUGAUCAAGCAGCAAAUGUCUAAGAUGUGUCAGAAAGAAGUGUUAUUUCCAAAGAUUCUGAAGCUGAAUGAGGAUUUGGAGGCAGGACAUCAAAAAAUGGAGCUGCUGUUACGGAAGACUCCCAACUGGAGAAACAGAAUACAGGAACCUUUGUUUUUCUGCAAUCUUGUUGACAAGGCUUUUUCAGGUACUGUCUUCUGA